ACCCAGCCAAUCCCCGGCCUUUGAUCUGUUCUACUAAUCCUGCAGAUAUGAGCUUCGCCAGUGCCUUCUUAAUGUGGUUGCGGUUCUUCAGACAGUCAUACUUGUACAUACUCCGGAGUGAGUGCUGAAUCCUCCGUCUCACAGCAUCAGCGCGGCCAGAUUUUACAAGGACCUGGGGCAGAAGAACUACUUUGUACUAAGAAUACUAAGCAGCACUAGACUCGAAGACAAUUGGGACUCUCACACUGCGGCUGAUGUGACCCGUUUUCGGAAGCAGUGAUGAGAUGAGCAGGAGGGGGGCAUCGCGUAGUGAGGAGUGAACUGCAGUUUGGGACUGGAAGGUUUCACAGGACGAUGCGAGAUGACUUCUUCUGCGGCUCCAGGUUAUUUGAUGAUCUUGAGUUGAUCUUGAGCAGUGGCUGAUACAUUAGACAUGGACGUGACAGAACACUGCCUCGCUUCUUCUCACCUACUGGCUUGGCUACAGAUAUGAUUCAGCAACUGAAGCAUUUAAGACCAUGUGGAGUAUGAUAAGAAUGAAUUUGAUCACCGUUUUGUUCCUGUCUCUAUUAUUGCUUUGUGCGUCAGCCAGUAACAUAUAUGAAAGGUCACUGGUGCCCAGAGCUGCGUCCCGCUCAGUGGCCCGAAUGGACGGUGAUAUAAUUAUCGGAGCCCUGUUUUCUGUCCAUCAUCAGCCGUCGGCAGAGAACGUGGCAGAGAGAACGUGUGGAGAGAUCAGAGAACAGUAUGGGAUUCAAAGGGUGGAGGCAAUGUUCCACACACUGGACAGAAUUAACUCUGAUCCCAACCUUCUACCCAACAUCACUCUGGGCUGUGAGAUCAGGGACUCUUGCUGGCACUCCUCAGUGGCCUUGGAGCAAAGUAUUGAGUUUAUAAGGGACUCACUUAUUUCCAUACGUGAUGAAAAGGAUGGAUCAAAGUGGUGCAUUGAUGGGACUCCAUCCAGUCAGCCACCUGCCACUAAGAAACCCAUUGCAGGUGUGAUUGGACCUGGCUCCAGCUCAGUGGCAAUCCAGGUGCAAAACCUGUUGCAACUUUUUAACAUCCCUCAAAUCGCCUACUCUGCCACUAGCAUUGACCUUAGUGAUAAAACACUCUAUAAGUACUUCCUCAGGGUUGUGCCAUCUGAUACUCUUCAAGCCAGGGCCCUCUUGGACAUUGUUAAACGGUACAACUGGACUUACGUUUCGGCUGUUCACACUGAAGGCAACUAUGGGGAGAGCGGUAUGGAGGCCUUUAAGGAGCUGGCAUCUCAGGAGGGUCUGUGCAUUGCCCAUUCUGACAAGAUCUACAGCAAUGCUGGAGAGAAGCACUUUGACAGGCUGCUGAGGAAGCUGAGGGAGCGGCUGCCUAAAGCCCGUGUUGUAGUGUGUUUUUGUGAGGGCAUGACUGUGCGUGGCCUACUUAUGGCGAUGAGACGAUUGGGUGUGGCUGGAGAAUUCCUCCUUAUCGGAAGUGAUGGCUGGGCAGACAGAGACGAGGUAGUGGAGGGCUAUGAACAGGAAGCUGUAGGAGGCAUCACUGUGAAGCUUCAGACCGAAGAGGUCACGUCUUUCAAUGACUAUUUCUUGAAGCUGCGCCUCGAUACAAACAUGAGGAACCCAUGGUUCGCUGAGUUCUGGCAACAUCGCUUCCAGUGCCGCAUCCCAGGACACCCUCAGGAGAACAUGAACUACAAGAAGAACUGCACAGGUGACCUAGAGCUACGAGAUGGUUAUGAGAGUCUGGAAGACAACUACGUUCAAGACAGUAAGAUGGGUUUUGUCAUAAAUGCCAUCUAUUCCAUGGCCCACGGCCUGCACGACAUGCAUCAGCACCUUUGUCCAGGCUAUGUGGGCCUGUGCGAAGCCAUGGACCCAAUCGACGGCAGCAAACUUCUGGACUUCCUGCUGAAGACAUCAUUCGCUGGAGUGUCUGGGGAAGACGUGUGGUUUGAUGAGAAUGGAGAUUCACCUGGCAGGUACGACAUAAUGAACCUGCAGUAUGUGGAGUCUGGUGUGUAUGACUACAUUAAUGUAGGCUUCUGGCAUGAGGGUGUGCUGAGCAUUGAUGAUUAUAUGAUCCAGAUGAACCGGAGUGAAAUGGUCCGCUCUGUCUGCAGUGAGCCCUGCUCUAAAGGAGAGAUCAAGGUGAUCAGGAAAGGGGAGGUGAGCUGCUGCUGGAUCUGCACUGCCUGUAAGGAUAAUGAGUAUGUCCAGGAUGAGUUCACCUGCAAGGCAUGUGAGCUGGGCUGGUGGCCUGAUGAAGAGCUACAAGGCUGCAAGCCCAUUCCCCUGCGUUAUCUGGAGUGGAGUCAUGCUGAGUCCAUUGUGGCAGUGGUCUUCUCUUGCCUUGGCAUCCUGGUGACCAGUUUUGUCACCUUUGUCUUCAUCCUGUACAGAGACACACCUGUGGUCAAGUCCUCCAGUCGAGAACUCUGCUACAUCAUCCUGGCUGGGAUCUUCCUGGGUUACAUCUGCCCCUUUACCCUCAUAGCCCGGCCCUCGGUAGCCUCUUGUUAUCUGCAGCGCCUGCUGGUGGGCCUCUCAGCUUCCAUGUGCUACUCAGCCUUGGUCACAAAGACCAACCGCAUUGCCCGCAUCCUUGCAGGCAGCAAAAAGAAAAUCUGCACGCGAAAGCCACGCUUCAUGAGCGCCUGGGCUCAGGUGGUCAUCGCCUUCAUUCUCAUCAGUGUGCAGCUCACGCUAGAGAUCACGCUCAUCAUCCUGGAGCCGCCAGAGCCCAUCAAAUCCUACCCCAGCAUCAGGGAGGUCUAUCUGAUCUGCAACACCAGCAAUAUGGGCAUGGUGGCACCGUUGGGCUACAACGGCCUGCUCAUCCUCAGCUGCACCUACUAUGCCUUCAAAACCCGCAACGUUCCAGCCAACUUCAACGAAGCCAAAUACAUUGCCUUCACUAUGUACACCACCUGCAUCAUCUGGUUGGCCUUCGUGCCCAUCUACUUUGGUUCCAACUACAAAAUCAUCACCACCUCCUUCUCGGUUAGCCUGAGCGUGACUGUGGCCCUGGGCUGCAUGUUCACACCCAAGAUGUACAUCAUCAUCGCUAAGCCGGAGCGCAACGUACGCAGCGCCUUCACCACCUCUGAUGUGGUGCGCAUGCAUGUGGGCGAUGGCAAAAUUGCCUGCAGGAGCAACAGCCUGCUCAACAUGUUCAAACGCAAGAAAAACGCCCCCGGAAAUGCAAAUUCUAAUGGAAAGUCUGUGUCAUGGUCUGAACCAGGUUCAAGACAUCCUCCGAAAGGAGAACACAUGUGGCACAGACUGUCUGUGCAUGUGAAGAGACAGGAGGCCGGCUCCAAUCAGACGGCUGUCAUCAAACCUCUAACUAAUACCUACCAUAACACAGGCCUGGAGUUUUCAGACCUGAGCACCAAGACUCUGUACAAUGUGGCUGAGGAGGACGAGGGGGACCCAGUCAGGUACAACCCCCCAGUCAGCCCUGCUUUGAUUACUCACAGGCAGUCACCUGUCCAUGAGCCUGUGAAGGAAAUGGAUGUGGAGCAGGAGUUUUAUAAUCCUGAACCACAGAAAAGUUUUCCUACCCAGCAUGUUAUUGCAGACCACUUUCAGGAGGUGGUGAGCACGUUUAGUUCCAGCGUGACUGACCUGGAUGAUAUCAUUAGCUUACCUGAGCCAGACAAUGGGCUGAGGCCUCCAUAUCAGCCCCUCAUUCUGCAGACCCAGCCGUCGCCUCUGCCGAUGCAUCUGGGCACUUACUCUAAGGAGCCCAUCUCUCCACUGGAGGAGGAGAUGGAGAUGGAGAAUGAGCAAUUUAGUCUCCUCCAUGGCUAUAUGUAUGACAAUGCACAAAUCCACGAUGAAGAAGAGCUGGUGCAGAUCAAGCUAGCCAUGGAGGACUCGCUGGCUCUUAUGCCGCCCUCUCCUUUUCGGGACCCUAUGGGCUCAAGAAGUCACAUCCCCAACUCCCCUGUGUCUGAAUCCAUCCUGUGCACCCCACCUAGCGUAAUGUAUGCAUCAGUUAUCCUCAGAGACUACAAACAAAGCUCCUCUACUCUGUGAAGAAGCUUUAUGAAAAACCCCUUAAAAGUGGGCUUCAUUACAAUAUCAUUCCACCUGUUAUCAUGUUUGUCUUUGGAUUGUAAAUUAAUAGCCAAAAGUCUGUGCAAAAAAACUCAUCGUACUGUAAAAAAGGAGCUUUUUAUUUUGUUGUGCUCAUUUACAUCAACUUUAAAGAUUGACUAAGCAUACUUGAACACAUUUGGAAUAAAUGCUUGUGAAUGAGGGAUUUUUCAGUACUUAGAUCAUCAGGAUAACUAAUUUUACACUGUUUGCUUGUGUUGGAUUUCAUCAGAUCAUUUCAGAUCAGAAUUUCAUGGAUAUGUACCAGUGUAGUAGUAAAUGAGGAUUUAAACGUUACUUUUGAAAUGAGGAUAUAAACGUUACUUUUGAAAUGCUGAAACUCCUUCAGUGGAAUAUGUGGAUGGAAUGUGAUUUACACUAUCAACGGCAACUUUUUUCAAAUACAACAUUAAAACUGAAAUAAGGAAAUGUACCAAUAUUAGAUGUGCUGCCAAUAUAUUCUUCAGGCAGCACAUAUGGAAAAUUUUAGUAUUAAUAUUAAUAUAUGCAGUAACAUAGGUAUUAAGAAAUUCUAUAU